AUUGUGCAUUGACGGUGAAUUAAAAAAAUCAACUCCUCUCUCAAAGUCUUCUUCCUGAAAUAAAACAUUUUUUAAUUAACAUAGUAACCCAAAUCGAAGAAACAAAGACCCCCAAAUCAAAUUUCUCUCUUCCCACCGUUAGAUCUAUUUCACCGCCGGCGAUUCCGAUGCGGACCUUUUUCCGACUACUCUCUCUCCUUUUCCUCGCCGCACACCUCGUCGUUUCGCCGGUCUCCGCUUCCGAGUCGGAUCAUAAGUAUCAAGCAGAUGACUCUGUAACACUAUGGGUGAACAAGGUUGGACCCUACAAUAAUCCCCAAGAGACAUACAAUUAUUACAGUCUGCCAUUUUGUCAUCCAUCUGGCCAUGCUGGUCACAAGUGGGGUGGUCUGGGCGAAGUUUUGGGCGGAAACGAACUUAUUGAUAGUCAGAUCAGCAUAAAGUUUCAAAAGAAUGUGGAGAAGAGUACCAUCUGUGAACUUGAGCUUGAUGAUGCUAAGGUCAAAAAGUUUAAGGAUGCUAUUGAAAAUAGCUAUUGGUUUGAAUUUUUCAUAGAUGAUCUGCCGUUAUGGGGCUUUGUUGGUGAGCUACACCCUGAUAGGAACAACGAUAACAAGCAUGUUGUCUACACACAUAAGAAUAUCAUUGUUCAGUACAAUAAAGAUCAGAUUAUUCAUGUUAAUCUCACCCAGGAGAACCCAAAGCCAUUGGAAGCUGGGAAGAAAUUGGACAUGACAUAUUCAGUAAAUUGGGAACCAACUAACAUCACAUUUGCUCAUCGUUUCGAUGUAUACCUGGACUACCCUUUUUUUGAGCAUCAGAUCCAUUGGUUCUCUAUUUUCAAUUCAUUUAUGAUGGUUAUCUUUCUCACGGGUCUGGUUUCAAUGAUAUUGAUGCGAACUCUUAGAAAUGACUAUGCUAAAUAUGCUCGUGAAGAUGAUGAUUUAGAAACUUUGGAAAGAGAUGUUAGUGAAGAGUCUGGUUGGAAACUUGUUCAUGGAGAUGUUUUUAGGCCUCCACGCAAUUUGGUGUUACUCUCUGCUGUUGUUGGUACAGGGGCUCAGCUGGCUAUGCUGGUUCUGCUUGUUAUCUUGGUCGCCAUAGUUGGUACAUUAUAUAUCGGGAGAGGAGCAAUUGUUACAACCUUUAUACUGUGUUAUGCUUUCACCUCAAUUAUUUCUGGUUACGUAAGUGGUGGGAUGUAUUCACGAAUGGGGGGAAAAAACUGGAUAAAGUCGAUGAUCCUGACGGCGUCCCUGUUUCCAUUUUUGUGCUUCGGCAUUGGUUUUGCUCUGAACACAGUUGCUAUAUUCUAUGGCUCUCUGGCAGCUAUUCCCUUUGGCACAAUGGUGGUUGUUUUUGUGAUCUGGGGUUUUAUCUCUUUUCCCCUGGCUCUUCUUGGUACUGUUUUUGGAAGGAAUUGGAGUGGUGCUCCAAACAAUCCAUGUCGGGUAAAGACAAUUCCUCGCCCAAUUCCUGAGAAGAAGUGGUAUCUCACACCAUCUGUGGUGGCAGUUAUGGGAGGACUCCUACCCUUUGGCAGCAUUUUUAUUGAGAUGUAUUUCGUCUUCACUUCGUUCUGGAACUACAAGGUGUAUUAUGUCUAUGGUUUUAUGUUGCUGGUCUUUCUGAUCCUCCUUAUUGUGACUGUAUGUGUGACUAUUGUGGGAACAUAUUUCUUGCUGAAUGCUGAGAAUUACCAUUGGCAGUGGACUUCGUUCUUCUCAGCUGCUUCCACAGCUGUCUAUGUGUACUUGUAUUCAGUGUAUUAUUUCUCAGUGAAGACUAAGAUGUCGGGAUUUUUCCAAACCAGCUUUUACUUUGGAUAUACUUUGAUGUUCUGCCUUGGUUUAGGAAUUCUAUGCGGAGCUGUCGGUUACUUGGGCUCCAAUCUUUUUGUAAGGAGGAUUUACCGAAAUAUCAAAUGCGACUAAUUAUUUGCAAGAAGAGAUUCCAAGGUUGCUUCCUGAUGCCUUAUUAGACAAUUUGAAUGAUUGGAAGCAUUUACUUCUUUUCGGAACUUAACAUUCUUCCAAAGUAUAAUCCACAACCAUCAAGGAUGCAUGCAAGUGUUCUGAUCUGGAAGGGCCCAUUUAUGAAUACUUUUUUUUCCCUGGGCUGUAGACGAAAGCUUUAUUACUUCAAUCAGAAAUCCGGAGAUUGUUUGUAAGCUUAAAGAUUAGUGUGGUGUUGUUAGACUCAUCUGUAAUGUAAUUAGUGCCCUUUACUGCAUCCCUUCCUUUUAAUGCCUACCGUUGAGUGUUGACUGCUACUGCAGUAACAUUCAGAGCAGUAGUUUGAGGAAAUGAAUUUUGUGGCCAUAUCUAGUAUAAUACAUAUUUCAGUAUAUUAUCAUAUUCAGUUUUUCCGAA